GGCGCAACUAUCCUUGGCAAAAAAUAUGUAUGAAACGUGCGCUGCCGCUUAUGGCGGCUAUAUCUGUCUCGCUCUAACAUCUCGUGUAUCCGCCCGCCAUGACACUUGAGUGUCUGAAAGUGACAUAGCAACAUUUCGUAUUUCGUUCGUUAGUUACUUUUUGCUGAAUUUCUUUAAUAUUGUGCAACUUAGUUUACUGGAGGUGAAAUAUAUCUAAUUUGCAAAACAUUAAGACGAGACGUAUAGCAAGGUUAAAGUGUGUGAUGUAAAACAAUGCAUUUCAAAGUGUGUGAGAUUUGUGGCUUGAAAGCCGGUCGUGUUUGCGAUCAAAAGCGAACAUUUAUGGCCAAAUUUCCAUUGGAUGAAGAAAGGUGUAAAAAAUGGGUCCAAGUUACUGGCAAAGAAGAUUUAGCCUACGUGCCCAUAGAAAAGCUGCACGGAAACAAAUAUAUUUGUGGGAAACAUUUUCGACCAUCUGACUUCAAGAAGAAAAAGACUCAACUGAGAAUAAAUGCUAUUCCAUCUUUACUAAUUACUGCAAAACCAUUGUCAGAGGAGAUUUUGACGGGAUUCCCACUACACAUUUUUGGGUCAUCAAAGGCAGACCAUUUUACCUCGGCAUUGAAGUCAUCCAUACUCACCCGCCUCAGCACACCUGUAAGUAGAGGUUCGAACUGCGAGCAAGAUGAUAAUGAAAUAUUGUUCGACUUUCACGAUAUUGUCUUUUUAAAAAAAGAUUUAAAGGCAACUGGUGUUGAACAACGGAAAAAAACUGUUGUCGAGUCAACUGUGAACACUGAUUUUCCUGAAUUACCUACAUCUUCCAGAAGGUUUUGA